CUCUCUCGAUCGGUUUUCCGCUCGACUUUCCGCUCGCUCUCCGUUCCCUUCUCCCUCUCACACUCACUCUACUGCCGUCCCGUGACGUGCCGUGCCGUCCCUCUCAGCCUCUCCCAGCCCGGCUUAUGCCGCGUCCCGCAAGGCACCCGUGGGCGAGUCGGCCCCCGGCCCGCCCCUGUCGGGCCCGCCUCGGUCCCACCUCCGCCAGGUUCUCUCCGCACUGCUUGUGGCGCCUCUGGAAGAGUUUCUGGAAGAGUUCCUCCCUCUGGUGGUGGGGGAGCGGCACCGUCUUUUGGCUCCGCCUGGUGCGGGCCCUGGCCCAGCCCCGAACGAGGCCCCUGCCAGAGCCGCCCCGCUGCCGCCCGGCUCCCGCCCCGUCGCCGGCAGCGUCCCCGAGCCGAGCCCGGCCGCUCGUCAGCUGGGCCGCCGGCCCCGAGUCGCCGGAGCCCGGAGCGGCUCGGGAAGCAGCAGUGCCCGGGGCGGUCGGGUGCUCCGGGCAGAAUAUCGAGAGCGCGGUGCCGCCCGGACGGGCGGAGAAGCCUCCCCUGGAGCAGCUCUACCGGCAGGGCUCGCUGCUGGGGAGCGGCGGCUGCGGCAGCGUUUACUCCGGGACCCGGCUCGCCGACGGCGCCCCGGUGGCCAUCAAGCGAGUGUCCCGGAUCUCGGAGUGGGCGCGGCUGCACGACGGCGCCCUUGUGCCCCUGGAGCUGGCGCUGCUCUGGAUGGUGUCGUGCCCUGGCUUCCGCGGCGUCGUGCGGCUCCUGGACUGGUUCCAGCUGCCCGACGGCUUCGCGCUGGUCAUGGAGCGUCCGGAGCGCUUUCAGGACCUGUGGUACUUCCUGGACGAGCGGGGGUUCCUGACGGAGCCCGUGGCGCGGGGGCUGUUCUGCCAGGUGCUGGAGGCCGUGCGGCACGCACCAGCCGCGGUGUCCUGCACCAGCCGCGGUGUCCUGCACCGCGACAUCAAGGCCGAGAACAUUGUCCUUGACCUGGCCACCGGCGAGGCGAAGCUCAUCGACUUCGGGUGCGGCACGAUCCUCCGGGACACUUUGUACACCCGAAUGUCAGGAACACCAGAAUACAGCCCACCGGAAUGGAUCCUCUUCGGCUGCUACCGUGGCCAGCCAGCCACCAUCUGGUCCCUGGGUAUCCUGCUCUACGACCUGGUCUGCGGGCACCUUCCUUUCCACACCAAUGAGGACAUCAUCCGGGGCCAGCUCUUCUUCCCACCCCGGGCAUCUCAAGGAGCUCUCCUUCCUCAGAGCUCCCCAUGGAAGAGAGAGCAGGAGAAUGGGAAAAAGGCCAACUGCUAUGAUAAUGACAGUAGGAAAAACCAGGAGCUGAGUUCAGAGGGAAAAGGGCAUAAGGCAAGGAGACCAAGCUAA